AUGCGCACGGAAAAGAUCGGGCUCCAGGACUUCCUCUUCAACCGAAGAGUACCGGGCAUCACCAACGCCAACUGCCCAUGCCGGGAAGGACGGCAAACGGUAUCGCAUAUCCUGCUGCGAUGCCGCAGGUUUCGACAACUCCGGCGCCAGGAAUUCGGGACCCUCCCAGGACGACACAAUCUCCGGGUCAUACUGAACAAGCGCAAAGUAGCCGCCAAGGCAAUCCGAUUCAUGGAACAGACCGAGAUCCUUGGGCAACACGGGAUCGAGUCGCACACCAGACCAAGCUGA